AACGCGCCACGCCACUCUCCAUGGAAGAGCCAACGGCCGGCACCGGACCAGCGUCGAGCCCCGCGCGACCGUCAGCCACCGGUUCCGCCGUGAGGCCGUGUCCGGGCGGACUCCGCCACCGCGCGCCCACCUCCGCCCAGAAGCUCAUCGGCCUCCUCGCCCUCCUCACCUCCGGAGGAAUCCUCCUCUUCCUCACCGGCGCGCUCACCCUCGUCUUCCUCGGCCCCGCCGCGCUCCUCACGAGCCCCAUCUGGGCGCCGCCAGUAGCCAUCGCGUUCUUGGUGACCUCCGUGGCGGUGCCGGCGUGCGCUUUCGCGGCCGCGGGGGUGGCCGGCGCCGCCUGGGUCUACCGGUACGCGAAGGGGUGGCGCGCGGCGGGCUUCGACCGAGUGGACUACGCGCGCAGAGGCCGCGAGUUCGGCGGCCACUCGAAGAGCCGCCCGAAAGACGCGGCGCCGGGGGCGUGAUCGAUCGGGGAGGGGAAUCAGUGUGUUGUUCCGAUCAUGAAGACGCUGCCGGUUCAGCUUCGUUCAACACUUGGAAGACUAAAACAGAGUACGUCUUGGGGCGGCGGCGGCAGGCAGAUUUUUAAUUACUACAAUAAGACAAGAAGAAUUUAGGUUUUAUAUACACUUUAAUUCCUUAUCAAACGCACGUACCUACGUAUGCGUUGCUACUCUAGGCCAUGUUAGAAAAUGUAGUAAUAAUAAUUAAAAUAAAAUUUUCCUACAAGAAUUAUUUUAC